GCCAAUUCGGCUUGACAGUAGAUCAUUGAGAGCAAAUUGUCAAAAUGACGAAAGGUACUACAAGUUUUGGUAAACGCCAUAAUAAGACACAUACGUUAUGCAGACGUUGUGGUCGUUCCUCAUAUCACAUCCAGAAAUCAACAUGUGCUCGAUGUGGAUAUCCAGCAGCAAAAACCCGUUCAUAUAACUGGUCCGUUAAAGCUAAGCGUCGACGAACCACAGGAACAGGACGUUGCCGUUAUUUGAAAGUCGUUCGUCGCAAGUUCCGUAAUGGAUUCCGUGAAGGAACACAAGCUAAGCCACGCAAGACUAAGGCAUAAGUUAUCUUUUAAUAAUCCCAUGUGAAAUAUCCAUCUUUUAUUGUAAUAACAAUAAAUUCAAGAUUAUUGAAUCAACUUUCUUUGAAUA